AGAGUCCAUCGCCGACAUUCUCCCCCGCGGCUGCAAACUCCGGCAACUCAGAAGAACCGAAGUCCUCCUGAAGCAGGUCGCUGUCUUCGGUUGGCAGGGUUGCCAACAGGCCUACGCGCACCAGCGCGCUCCUUCCUGGAAAAAUCUAUCUAUCACUUGCGAACUUUUUUCAACACGACAUGAUGCUUAUUUUUUUGGAAAAGGUUUUGUAUAUAUUGGCCUGCGGAGCCAAAUUCGUGGUCAACUUGAUCCGUAACGUUGUAAUGAGAACCAGAAGUUCUAUAAAUCAGGGAUUGAAUGUGAGAAAUAGCCCCAACAAAUCACGAAACAUUUUAAUGAGCAACAUAAGCGACCUCGUAGAAAGGUUCAACUUGAUUUCCCUACAAGAAGGCAGCUAUCCGGAAUUUUCUUCUGAGCAAGAAGAAGAAAUCGAGAAAGCCCUUCAUGGUGGACCCAACAAAGAUACCAUCAUAACUCGCUUCCACCUGAUCAUAACCCGCGCCGAUGUGAGCACCCUGACCGGUGAUAACCCCCUGAACGAUCAAAUCAUCAACUUCUACAUGAAUCUCCUGGUGGAACGCAACGCUGCCGACCCGCAUCUGCCCCGACUCUACGCCAUGGACACAUUCUUCGUGCCGAAACUGCUCUCCUCCGGCCACGCAGCCCUGCGCCGCUGGACCCGCAAGGUUGACCUGUUCGCGCACGAUCUGAUCCUGGUCCCGAUACACAUCGCCGGCCUAGACCACUGGUGUAUGGCGAUCGUGGACCUGGGCCAUCACUCCAUCCGGUACUACGACUCGCUCGGGGGUGGACGGCCCAACCAUCAAGUUAUGGACGCGCUGGAGCGGUACCUGCGCGAAGAAUCGUUGGCCAAGCGAGGGAGACCGCUGGAGAGGCCAGAUUUUGAGAAGCGUCACAUGCGGGAGUGUCCCCGGCAGGAAUUUAGCAACGACUGUGGCGUGUUUAGCUGUGCGUUUGCGGAGCAUGAAGCGCGAAGAGUGGCAGUGAUGGGGUUUGGCCAGGCCCAGAUGGCCUACUUUAGGCGGAAGAUGGUGUAUGAGAUUUCGAAGGGACGACUGCUAACUUGAUUUGGGUGUUGAAAGUUUGGAAGGAUUUGGAAGAAGCUCCAACGAUGGUUGAUAAUGCUCUUAAUCUGUAUUCAGAGUUGUGCGACGAUUUUUUGUUAUUUUUAUAUAUUAUUUUGGGAUUACAACAUAUAUAUUGAAA